UGCGUGCGUGAGUGGGAGGCGGCUCGGGUUCGGCCUUCCAGAGCUCUCGGAGUCAACGUCUCGGCCAUGAACCGCUUCGGGGCCCGGCUGGCGGGAGCCGCGGCGAGCCCGGCGCCGAGGGCCCGGGGCAGCGAGAACCUCGACAAGAUCGACAUGUCUCUGGUGGUGCUCAGGGAUGAUAUUAUCAAAUUGAAUAGAAAGGAAGGGAAGAAGCAGAACUUUCCAAGACUAAACAAAAGACUCCAGCAAAGUGGUGCCAAGCAAUUCAGAAUGAGAGUUCGCUGGGGAAUCCAACAGAAUUCUGGUUUUGGUAAAAAUAGUCAUAGGGGAAGAGUAAUGCCUGGAAAGAGAUGUCCUUAUGGAGUUAUUACUGGCCUUGCAGCUAGGAAAGCAACUGGAAUUCGAAAGGGAAUUAGUCCUAUGACUCGACCACCUCUGAGUGACAAGAAUAUAGAACGAUAUUUUCCAGUGUUAAAACGGAAGACAAGCCUUCUGAGACAAAGUGAUGUACAGAGGAAACCAGUUGCUGUUCUCAAGAGACCUAAUCAGCUGAAUAGAAAAAAUAACAUUCCAGCCAAUUUCACCAGGAGUGGAAAUAAAUUAAGUCAUCAGAAAGACACUCGUCAGGCAACUUUUCUUUUCAGAAGAGGCCUGAAGGUUCAGGCCCAGUUGAACACAGAACAAAUGCUAAAUGAUGCAGUAGCAAAGAGAACUCGUCAAUGGCGUACUUCCACCACAAAUGGAGGAAUUUUGACUGUAUCUAUUGACAAUUCAGGAGCAGUGCAGUCCCCAAUAACACAGAAACCACGAUUAGCACGUUCUGCUGUACCCUCAUUCUUGACAAAACGGGAGCAGUCUGAUGUAAAGAAAGUUCCUAAAGGUGUCCCCCUACAAUUUGACAUAAAUAGUGUUGGAAAACAGACAGGAAUGACGUUGAAUGAGCGGUUUGGGAUCCUAAAGGAGCAGAGAGCGACUCUCUCGUUCAACAAAGGGGGAAACCGUUUUGUGACUGUGGGAUAGAUCUCAUUCAGAGGGACUUCUGAGUGAUGACUCAGUUUUAAAAGUUGAAUUGCUUGAAGAAUUUAUCUCAAAUUCAAGAAACUAUUUGACAAAAUUCACAAG